AUGGCCAGCAGCUCUCAGGUGGUGAAGAGAAUCAUGCGGUGCAAACUUCAGCUGUCAGACACAGCCGAGCCCACCACGGACUGUGGUGGUGGGUGUGUGGAGGAUCCCAUACAUAGCUCCUGCUCCAAAUGCUCAAUCAGCAACUGUGGUGAGCCGAAACCAGGAAUACCAUAUUUGAUUAUCAAAACUUUGCAGAAACUGAAGGAUCUAGAUGUCACCCUAGAUAUUCUUGCUGAAACUGGAAUUGGCAAAAUCGUUAAUUCCUUGCGGAGAGACAAACAUGCUGGAGAAUAUGCCAAGUCACUGGUUAAAGGUUGGAAGAAGCUGGUCGCAAAGAAAUCCACAAGUAGCCAUGCAGAGGUUUUGUCAGAAACUACUGUUAAAAACAAAGACGACGAAAGCUCUUCAGAAGAUGGAAGUCUGCCAGCUGAGGAUGUAAACGGUAACCGAUUAACUUCUCCCAGCAAGAAUCAGGACUCUUCAGAUGAAGCUCCAUUUAAAACGCAGCGGAAGAAAGCGGAUUUGCAGAAGGGAAAAUGUGAGAGGAAAAUAAAAACAGGGGAGAAUAAAAAAUGUGAAAAAAGUAAACGAGAAAUACACAGAAAUAACACUACGAAAAACAAAAUUGAGAUCAAGGGGGACAAAAUGGAUUUGGAUGCAUCCAGGAAGAACAAAAACAGCAAGGCUUUGCUUGGGGACAAACACUUGGAGGGCACUAGUCAAAAAUCCAGAUUGGACUCCAGGGAGAAGCUGAAAGUUACCUCUGAAAGCAGAGGUUUUUGGUCGGACAGAGAGUCGAACAGGAAAUCAAAGCCAUCCAAAGAAUCAACACUGAACGGCAAAGAAUCUUUUUCAUCCAGCAGAAACCCCAAAGAAAUGUCAAAAGUGGCCAAAGAUGACAGAUCCUUGGGAAUAUCAAGGAGCUCAGAAAACAGGAAAAGGAAAAAAACAGAAGAAAAACCCAAACCAGACUCUGAAGGCUCAAAACAUAAAGACAAGAAGGCUAAAAUUAAACCUAAAAAGGAAGAGGGUAGCAGCCAUCAGGAAGAGCCCUCCAUGUCUUUUGAAUCUUAUCUGAACUAUGAUGCGAGUCUUAAGAAGAGAAAAUGUCAACCUGCUGUGAAGAAAACUCACAAAACAAUGAAGACUGCAGCAAAACGGCAACCAAAAAACGAUUCCAGCAUGAAAUCUGUGAAGUCACCUGCUUCCUCUCCUGAACAGACGAUCCAGGACUCUAUAGAGCACCUAAUGAAUGUUCCUUUACCUGCUACUUUGCCUGAAUUGGAAAAGCCAUCAAGUGUGGACUACUACUUCAACAAUCAAGUUGAGAAGGAGCCUGAUUUUGCUGACAUCUCAGAGGAGUCUGCGGUCUUUACUGGGCAGCGACUGAACAAAAAGAUGCAGGUGUACUCUGGUGCAAAAACUUUGUACCUACCAACCAUGAUGAGCUUGUAUCAACAGUGUAUUCGGACACUCCAGAACAAUAUUGACUUGCUUUACGAAACUGGUGGAGUCCCGUUUGAACUUCUCGAGCCCGUGCUGGAGAGGUGCACACCGGAGCAGCUGCUACGGAUUGAAGAAUGCAAUCCAAUCUAUAUUGGAGUGUCAGACCACUUAUGGGGAAAACAUUGCCAGAGGGAUUUCAAAGGGUUCAAACUUAAGGAAUAUGAAUCAUGGAAAGAGUUGUAUCUCAGGAUGUCUGAGGAGCGAGAAAGAAAGCUUCAAAGACUGACAAAAACUAUUGUCUCAGCAAACUCCAAGAAACCGAAGGGACGGCAGGUGAUGAUGGCAUUUAUUCACACUGUUGCCAAGCCACCGAGAGAUGUACGAAUUCAGCAGGAAAUUCAUGGAACUGCUGUUCAGCAGCCUCAUCAGCCCAAGUGCAGUGUGAAGACUCAGGACAACCGAUUGAAACCUAGCUGUAAUGAGUCCAGCAGCACCGGUUCUGGGCCGAGCAACACACAAGACCCUCGCAAAAGAACAAGAGUUGCUCCAAUGAUGGCAAAGUCUUUGAAGGCAUUUAAAAAGCAGCUGGGACGCAGAUGAAAGCCAUUUAAUGUGCAGAAAGUGUACUUUAUCAUUCUCAUUAGGCCUGUGUUAAUGUUGGAUUAGUCUGUGUUUGCUUAAGUCUACUGGCUUUAGGGUAUUUGUUUUGUUUUUUUUCAGUUGUCACUAUUAAAUGAAAAAAGCAACUUCAAUGGGUUUGUUAUUUUAAGUUGAAUACAUUUUUUUUUAUGGGAUGUGGCUCCCUCUAGAGGAUGUGAAAGUGCACCUCUGCAGAGCAUUAGUAACACUUUCCAGCGAAUAAAUCUUCAGCUGAUGUUGGCAAAUUGCAAUAUUUAGACAUGAGAUUUGGAUGACAUCUCUACUUUUAAAUGCUUUAUAACUAAGAAAAAACUUGGUUAAAAAGUUCUAUAUUGUUCUCAACACAACGUUGACAACAUUCCUCAGAGCAUGCCCCACAUUUCUUUACACCAUAAACUGUGACAAAGUUGUCUGCUGUCUCCCAAUUCUCAGGGGUUCUUAUCAUAUUUUUUCCUUUUUAAAAAAAAAAAAAAAAAAGCGUUUGAAAUAACGGAUUGCUAUAUUAAGACUCUGAAGCCCUGUGGCUGGUACACUCCACCAGCCUCCUGUGUGAUGUAUGUAUUUGCUAUUUUAAGUCCGUGCAGGACUAGGACAACAAAAUUAGACUGUCACCUUGGCAGUUUUGGAAAUAAAA